AUGCGAAGCCCCCAGCCGCCGGCCGCGCCCCGCAACGUGCGCACGGCGCCGGCGCCGGGCACGAGCAACAAUGGGGGCGACUGGAGAGAGACGUUGGUGCUGCCGGCCAAGGACGAGCGGGUCCAGACGGCCGACGUGACCGCCACCAAGGGAAACGACUUUGAGGAUUACUUCCUCAAGCGCGAGCUCCUCAUGGGCAUUUUCGAGGCCGGGUUUGAGCGGCCCUCGCCGAUCCAAGAGGAGAGCAUACCCAUCGCCCUCGCGGGGCGGGACGUGCUCGCGCGCGCGAAAAACGGGACGGGCAAGACGGCCGCCUUUGUGAUUCCCAUCCUCGAGAAGGCCGACUCCUCCAAGAACCACAUCCAGUCCAUCAUCCUCGUCCCGACGCGCGAGCUCGCGCUCCAGACGUCGCAGGUCUGCCGCGACCUCGGCAAGCACCUCCACCUCGAGAUCAUGGUCUCGACGGGCGGCUCGUCGCUGCAAGAGGACAUCCUCCGGCUCAUGAAGCCGGUGCACCUCAUGAUCUCCACGCCCGGCCGCAUCCUCGACAUGGCCGAGAAGAACGUGGCCGACCUGACGCGCUGCGGCACCGUUGCCCUCGACGAGGCGGACAAGCUCCUCUCGCCAGAGUUCAUGCCGCUCGUCGAGAAGCUGAUCCGGCGGAUGCCGCCCGGGCGGCAGAUCCUGCUCUUCUCCGCGACCUUCCCCGUCAAGGUCGCCUCCUUCCGCGACCGCGUCAUGAACAAGCCGUACGAGAUCAACCUGAUGGACGAGCUGACGCUGCACGGCGUGACGCAGUACUACGCGUUCGUCGAGGAGAAGCAGAAGGUGCACUGCCUCAACACGCUCUUCGCCAAGCUCUCGAUCAACCAGUCCAUCAUCUUCUGCAACUCGACCACGCGCGUCGAGCUCCUCGCCAAGAAGAUCACCGAGCUCGGCUUCUCGUGCUACUACAUCCACGCUAAGAUGGACCUCGCCACCGAGAUCAAGCCCAUCCCGCCGCAGAUCGACACGGCGCUCUACGCGUAUGCGUGAGCGCGCCGUGCGGCGGCGCUGGGCUCGAGCUCGGCGAGUCCCCUUCUCGACACAACCAAGCCGGCACGGGUCGUGACCGCCGCGAGGCGUGACCCAACCGUGCCGGGGGGUUGCAGCUCCCCUCUCCGCAGAGUCCACCCCGCACGCCGAAAGUCUGGCUUUGCCGCGGCGUCCGCCGCCGCCGCCGCCGCCGCCGCCGCCGAGCAAUUUGCAUUCGCGCUUGCUGCUCAGCGCGCAGCGCGCGCGCGUGCGGCGCCUUUGCCGCCGCGCUUGCGUUUUCGCAGGUUCGGUUCGCGCGACCGCGCCGCGGCUGGGUGUGUCUGUUGUGAGAAGCCUCGAGGCUGGCUCCAUAAUUAAGAAGGUUAGAAUAUCGCUCUCGCUG